CAUUUUUGUGCAAUGGAAAGUUUCACAAGCACUUGCAAGAAAUUUUUGUUCCCAUGGUCAUUCGCUACAUCGAUCUCAUGGAAUCGUCAAUUGCCCAGUCCAUUCACAGAGGUCUUGAACAAGAGUCAUGGCAACCUGUCAACAAUGGCUCAGCUACAUCAGAAGAUCUUUUCUGGAAACUGGAUGCUCUGCAGAUGUUUGUUUUUGAUCUUCACUGGCCAGAACCAGAAUUUGCCCACCAUUUAGAGCAGAGACUUAAACUCAUGGCCACUGACAUGAUAGAAGCCUGUGUUAAAAGAACAAGAAUUGCAUUUGAAAUCAAGCUGCAAAAGACAAACAAAUCAACAGACUUGCGUAUCCCUUCUUCUCUGUGUACAAUGUUUAAUGUCUUAGUUGAUGCCAAAAAGCAGACAGCUAAACUCUGCAUACUGGAUGCAGGACAAGAGCAACAAUACCAUUCAAAAAUAGAUGACUUGAUUGAAGAAACUGUUAAAGAAAUUAUUUCUCUUCUUGUUUCAAAGGUUGUUUCAGUGUUAGAAGGUGUGCUGUCUAAAUUGUCAAGAUAUGAUGAAGGCACUUUCUUCUCAUCAUUAGUUUCAUUCACUGUGAAAGCAGCUGCAAAAUAUGUUGAUGUUCCUAAACCAGGGAUGGAUCUGGCAGACACCUACAUUAUGUUUGUUCGACAAAACCAGGAUAUACUUCGAGAAAAGGUCAAUGAGGAAAUGUACAUAGAGAAAUUAUUUGAUCAAUGGUACAGCAGCUCCAUGAAAGUCAUAUGCAUGUGGUUGGCGGAUAGAUUAGACCUGCAGCUUCACAUCUACCAGCUGAAGACGCUCAUCAAGAUAGUGAAGAAAACCUACCGAGACUUCAGAUUGCAAGGUGUGAUGGAGGGAACCCUGAACAGUAAAACCUACGACACCGUUCACAGCCGUCUGACGGUGGAGGAGGCCACGGUCUCAGUCACGGACGCGGGAGGACUUCAAGGCAUUACUAUGAAAGACAGUGAUGAAGAGGAAGGAUGAUGUUAUUUCACCAAGUGUUUGGAGUUCUGGGGUGAUGGCCUGAGGGUGAGGGUUAGCUUUGGCUUGGGGUUUUUUUUGGUAACUUGUCCCUGUAGUUGCAUUUAUAGUUUUGCCUUAUGAUAUAGGUGCAGAAAUGUAAUUUGCUCCAUUUCUAAAAAAAACUGAAAGUAAGAUCAUCAGAAGAAAAGUGCCAAGGACUUUUUGAGAACAACGGUUGUAGCAUAUUUUAAUGUAUAGCUUUGCUUAGGGCUGCAAAAACACUGGCAUGGAGUUUGAGUUCCAUUCGUGAUUACAUUUCUUUCCCUUUCCUUUGUUACCAUUUGUUCUUGUAUCUCCAUCAGGUAUUGAUGUCCUGUGCAGAAAACAAAAUGUGUGCCUCACUUAAAACUAUACAGGAAAUCAUUCUUGGAAUAAGUCAGUGCCCUAGGUAAAAAAAAAAAAUAAUUAAAAAAUAGUGUAUUUUCAGGAUUACACUUUGUUUACCUUUUUUUUUGCUUAAUUUUGCAUUAUUAUGUGAUGUGCAUUAAAAAUUUUGAUCUUGGUUCUUUGUACUUUGAGGUUGGUAUAUAAGUAGUAGGACUUCAAGGACAGUCAAACGCAUCAAACUACUAGGAGUGUUGUUGUGUCUAUUCAUUUUGCAAGUUUAAAGAUAUCUCAUCAUGUUGGAUGUCAGUAAGCUUGCCAUCAAUGUUUCUAUUUCUGUGAAAAAUAUCAGGCAAUAAGAACACAUUUUGUCGUGACCACUUCUGUAUCUACCCAAGUUUGUAUAGAAUUCUACAAUUAAAAGAUGUUUUCAAUAUUUCAAAC